UCCAUCAUGUCCGCGGGGAUCUCGCGGGACAACGCCCACGCGGUCAUGAGCGGCACCUCGAUGGCCGCGCCGCACGUCGCAGGAGUCGUGGCGAUGGUGCUCUGGGAGCGGGCUCGCGCGGGCGAGGCCGAGCUGCAGCCCAGGGAGGUCGCGGCCGCCCUGGCCUCGAGGGCUGUCAACGGGGUUGUGCAGCACCCCGGCGACGGCGCGCCCAACAAGAUGCUCCAGUACCGGCUCCCGCCGAUGAGUGAUAUCGGAGGAUCGCAGGCCGAGCUGGACCCCGCGCCGACGCCGUCGACGACCACGACGCCAGCCCCAGCGAUGCCCGCAGAGACGCCCGCCCCGACCCUGGCGCCCGCGACGCCCGCCCCGACGCCCGCCCCGACGCUCGCGGAGAACGGCGAGUCGGUGCCGUUCAACUGCCGGUCGGCCUCUGGGGUGGACUACGCAGUCGGGUGGACGCAGGCGAAGAGGGACCACUGCUGCGAGCUCGAGAGGAUGGGCUGCGUGGUCGACCCCUUCGACUGCAACGCCGACUUCCCCAACUGGCGCAUCGGGUGGUCUGACGGCAAGAAG